AUGGAAAGAGGGUUUAGCUGUGAUCAGCGGAACAGGUGGCCUCAGUUCCAGCGGAUCCGUUCCGUUCAGCUUCGUCGGGAUCGUGGCGUUAUGGAUCCUGCAGAUUUUUGGGCAGAUCUGCCAACUCUUGCUUCCGUUGUUGUAGCCAGACAGAUUUUUGACAAGAUGUUUUUCAUCUGGAAUCGCAGACGUUGGAUCCAUCUCGCGGAUGGCGCGAAUGAGGAAGUCUUGCAUCUCCUUGAACGACAAGUUGUGGUCACCAGCAUCUGGUUUGAUGGUCUUCCAAACGGGGAAUCGUAA